AUGGGAAGAAGGCCUGGAAGGUGCUACAGAUAUCUGUCCAAGAAGGCAUAUCCAAAGUCAAGGUUCAACAGAGGAGUCCCUGACUCGAAGAUCCAGAUUUUUGACCUUGGAAGGCGUAAGGCGGGGGUUCUUGAGUUUCCACUUCUGGUCAAUUGCAUCUCGAACGAGAGAGAGAAUCUGUCUGCUGAGGCGCUAGAGGCAGCCCGUAUAUGUGCUAACAAGUACAUGGUGAAGCAUGCUGGGAAAGACAACUUCCAUCUAAGGGUCCGUGUGUAUCCGUUCCAUGUUCUCAGGAUCAACAAGAUGUUGAGUUGUGCAGGGGCCGAUAGACUUCAGACAGGGAUGAGAGGAUCUUUUGGCAAGCCUUAUGGAAGAGCAGCAAGGGUUGUAUUCAACCAGCCCAUUCUUAGCAUAAGGACAAAAGAAUCCUUCAAGGACAUUGCUGUUGAGGCACUGAGAAGAGCAAAGAACAAAUUCCCUGGACACCAGGAGAUCCAAGUCAGCUCGAGGUUUGGGUUUACCAACAUGCUAAGUGACGAGUUCAACAAUCUGAAGGAGAGUGGGAGAGUGAUCCUACGGGGAGGAUCUUUUUCUGUGAUCAGGGAAAAGGGAAGUAUUGACAAUUUCAAGAGAAAUCUUGAGCAAGCAGCUAAUAAUUAA